AUGGUGGCCGUUGAAAGCAAUGACAAGCAGCUUACUUGUCUAUUAGCGGGUGAUACUCCUAUCACGCAGGUCCUAUCAUGGAGACUCAAUCUUAUGAAGACCAAUGUGGUACUCGCAGCUCAUAGUGUUCCUAAAAAGGGCAAGGGAACUAUUUCGUGGAAAUCGAGUAAAUACGGCUCUAAUAUCUACAAGCCAAGUGAGGCUAUACAUAGUCUCCGGCACCUUUCCUCUACAAGGAAGUUUGAUAUCAUAGUUAUGUCUGCAAUAUCGAUGAAAGAGCUUCAAAUUACAUGUGAACUGAUCUUCAAAUUUUGUCAUAAUAAAACAGUAAUCAUUGUUGAUUCCAACUUCGCGGUUGAAUUAGACCACUUCAUUGUUUCACAGUUUCCAUCCGAUGAUCUUCUCAAACAUAAACCAACAGUGGUGGCCAUGAUAUGUGAUGCAGAGGUUAGGAUGGUUUCAGCCACCUCAUACUAUUUGGCCAGUGAUUCAUACAAAUACGUGUUUGGUCUCUCUUACAAGACGAAUCAAGCCGAAUUGAAAUACUGGCAAAACCUUGAACUUGUCAAAGAGCAAUUUAAGGAUCCGAAUUCAAAACUUAACAAGUUUUUACAACAGUUAAGUUCGGACAAAGUAUCAAGGUUAAUAAAACUAGUUCCCUCCUCGAAAAACACUACAAAUGAAAUGGCUUUGGAAAUAUGGCACCGUAUAAUCCCUAAAAUUGCCGUCCAUAUCUUAUCAAUUGUAUUUCAACAGUGUGAUUACGAAAAGUUGUUAACGGAUGCUGGACCAGUAGGCGUUUUCAAGGACUUGGUGUUUGAGUUAAUGAACAUAUCUUCGCAUCAAGCCGGUGGACUUUUAAAAGAUUUUGUAAAUGAAACCGCAGAAGAAGGCGUGAAGAACUCUAACCUAUUAUCUAUGAUAAACUUCGAAAAUGUGAUAAAACUAGCUAAGCGGAAAAAGCGCAAGUUGGAAAAGUGGGUACCUGCAAACUCACCGCAGCGCCUAAAUCUUAAUUUUGAAGCUUAUUGUUUUUACCAUAGGUAUGAGUUCCCUGCUAACGUACUACUAUCUCAGCCAAUACUUGUUGCGGAUAGAUUUGGUUUAAGAUCGUCUAGUCUUAACUUUCUAUGUGGAGUAUACUCCCAAUAUUUGGCAAUGACCAAGACUCUACCCAACCAAGAACUAUUUAGUAAACAGGAGAAGCCAGUGUUCCCAUUUGGUCCAACUAUGCAAUUUCCAACCUCUGGCCGAGAGCCCAGCCGCAAUUCCCUUAAACCUCCACCCAAGAGACCCUCAAAGAAGGACAUAUCAUCAAGCAUGAGAGAAAAGAAGCAAAAGAAAGAAAGAAAGGCCAAAAAGGACGGUAAAGAGCUACUAGAAAAGCCAAAAUUGCUAGCAGGAGACAGCUCCAACAGGGAGGACGAAAUGAAGGGAAUGGCUCUCAGUCCUGAUUCCAAGACCAUAGGUGACCUCGAUGAGCCAACAAAAAAGCAAGUGCUCAGGGAUUCGGACAUAUUGCUGACGAUCAUGUUGCAGGCAAAGGUGGACUUAAAUCGGCAUAUGUCGCCAGAGUUAAGGCAUCCGGAUUUAGAGUUACCCCCAGAUUUACAGGCUCUAUAUCUCGGUGCGGAAACAUACGAUUUUGGAUUGCAUAUGUCACCAAAGGGGCCAUUUUUAUCACCUACUAGGGAAUUGAUGCUGCCGCGAGUCACAGAUAAGGAUGAUGAAGAUAAUAAAACUGAAAGUACAGAACGUAACCACGGAAAGUAUGAUACUAAUACACGGGGUAAGUUGGCAAGAACUUCACCAACGGCGCCUAUUUCCGCUACCUCCAACGGCCAUGAGCUAUCCAGGCUUUCUGCAGAGGAACAGGAAGAUGACGACGACGACUCCGAAGACGAGGACUCAGAGGAUGAUUACGAUGAAUCUGAUGAUGAGUCCAACGAAUGUGAGGACGAUUAUGAGGAGGAGGAGAAGCAUGGAUACAAGAGAAACCAGUAUUCGGGUCGGGAGACCCUCCGUCCGUUGAACAGGCGGAUGUGUGAUGAUGAGAUGUGUGUCGUAGACUCGACUAUCAGUUUGCCAAGUUUCCAGCGCAAGGAACGCAACAACCUGCAGUAUACAGGACAAUACAGUGAAAGCAUUGGCGAGUUCUCGCGCUCGCUCACUUCGAAGUACACCACGGAUUUGGAGAAGCAGAUACGUUUGGAGCCCUUCACCAUGUCGAAGUACUAUCAGGAGGUGUACCAACCCGAUGAAUUCGACGGCCCGAUGGCUCACACGCCUCUAAAUAGCACAACCCUAAAGCCCAUGCCGACCGCCCUUUCGGCCAAGUCGCGUCACUCUUUGGAUCCAAGAACUGUCAGCAAGUUGUGGAAAUUCCAGAGAAGACAGCACAUGGAAAUGGGACAAAUCUCAAGGCCGUUGACGACCCCGGAAGAUAGUCUUCUACAACACUUGCUGAUACUUAAAAGAGCAAACAUGGGUGGUAUCCUUAACGUCACCACCAGUAGGUAUGGCGAUGUCGACACUUCUGAAACUAUUUACCAGGAUUGGCGAAAUGGUGAGGGGGAAUUAUAUAGGUUGCGUCUUACCGGAGGAAAUGAAGUAUAG